AUGGCGAAGGUGUCAUUAAAUCGCGCGGUCGCGGGCAUGAACGCUUCCAGCGACAGGGCUGGUGGCGGCGUUCUCUCGAGGACACGAGAAGAAGCUGGUAACGGCGACGAGGAGGCUGCGGGAUGGGAUAAGGAGCGUAUCGUCCUGUCCGACGACUUUACGGCAGUCAAGCUGCACCAGCUGGCCAUCACCCUGAGGCCGCUGACCACCGGCGGGAGUGGGGGAAGACCAAUGCUCACUGCGAGCCGUUGGGAAGUUCGAAAAGCGAUCAUGUCCCUAUGUCGUAGUCAGCCGACUAUGUUUGAGAUCGAGGCGACCGACAAGUCGGCGUCGAUCCGAGUAGCCUUCUCCGCGGCGGCGGACGCCGACGCCCUGUCCCGCUCGCUUCGAGGCGUUACCGUCAAGAUCAAGGGCGUCAAGCUGCACGCGUUCGUCAGGGAAGUGUCGGAGUCGGCGGCGCUGAGCGAGGGGGAAGACUGGGCCGCUUCCGCGUUGGGGUCCCGGGUGCUGUCAGCCGACACCGUCGCCGGAAGGGAGGCGGCGUUCGACAGCCUCGAGCCCGGGAAACGACCGGACACCAUCGUCCUGAGAGGGAUCCCGGCGAACUGGCUGGGGAGCAGGGGGAAAGCGGCGGAAGGGACAGAGGCCCCGGGUCUCGAGGAAAUCAUGAGCAAAUUUGGCCCCGUGCGGGCUGUGGAGGUCCAGCCCAGCGCUCCUAGUGACCCCUCCGUCGACAGCAGCGAUGCCGCCGACGCGUUCGCCGGCGGCGGCGGCGGCGGCGGCGGCGGCCAGAGGAGCAGCAAGAAGAGCGGGAGACCCUCAGCCGACUUCGACGUCAACGCGCUGCUCGAGAACAUGCCCAAGCCAAGGGCUCUGGCGAAGGACAAGGGCGGUGGCAGCAAGGGGUCAGGCAGCAGGCCAGGCGGCAGAUCAGGCGGCAGCGGCAGCGCUGGUCUCGGGCUGGGCGGAGACAUCCUCUCGGUGGGGCUGCACGUGGACGCGUGGGUGCAGUUCGCCUCGUUUCUGGGAUUCCAGGGGGCGCUGGAGGCGCUGCGGGCGAAGACGCUGCAGAAGGCGGGCGCGGAGCUGGUGUGCGAGUACCGCCUUGGCGUGGACGCGUCGGGCUUCAUGACGGAGGACCAGCGGCGGGAGAGGGUGAUAGCCCGGGCGGAGAAGGCACGGGAGGAGGACCGGCGCAAGGCUUCGAUCGAGAAGGCGAGGGGCCAGCUCGCCCUCCUGCGGGAAGGGCUGCAGGGCCUCCGAGACGCGGUGGCAGAGGACGGCCGACCAGCUUUGGAAGACGCCACCAAGCCCACGCUGCAGAAGGUGACGGGUCACGUGGAGGGCGCCGAGGCGUUGCUCGGUGUCCGCGAGGCCUUGGUGGACGAGCCGGCGGCGACGGCCGCGGUCGCUCACGCCAGGGGGGAGGUGGCGAUCGCGAGGCUGUCGGUCCGGAAGGCGAAGGCGGCCGCGGACAGGGCCGAGGAAGAGGAGAGAAUCCGCAUCGAGCGGGAGAAGGACAGGGGGCUCCGCGACGCAGCUCGGGCGACGCUGGUACAGCUGCGAGAGUCCCUAUCGCAGGGCCUCGCCUUGGUGGCGGCAGAGAGGCAGCACAGGGGCAUCAAGCCGCAGGCGGACAGGGCCGCCGCGCUGCUGGACGAGGUGUCGGAGGCGUGCUCGAAAGAAGGGGGUUCGGAAGCUUUCGGCGGUACGGCGGAAGGAGGCCUCGUGGCGGACGCUAGGAGAGCCACCGAGACGGCCAUCACCAGAGCAUGCAUGCUCCAGCGCUACCUGGGCACGUGCGCGCGGUUGAAGACCCUCAAGGCGACGGUCGCCACCACCGUUGACCACCCGCCAGCUGACGGCGGGAGCGGUGGCGUUGGCGGUAGCGGCGGCGGCGAGGGCGGCGACAACAACAAGGGCAAUUUGUUGGCGGCGCAGGUCGAGGUGGUAGAGACGGUCCUGUCGAGGGACCUGGAGGGUCUCAGUGAGGGGGACUUGCUGCUCAUGUGGGAAAGCGCGGAGGAGGCGCUUGGCGUCGCGGACGGGUUGCUGGAGUCGCUCAAACUCGUCAAUGCCGCCAGGCAUCGCCUUGCGGACACGAGGGCAGCCGUGGCGAACGGCGACCCAUUGCUCAGGUCCUCGGAGGGCAUCAUGCGCCUAAUCGCGGCGGCCGUCAUGUCCACGGCCAGAGCGCAACGGGAGGGUGUUGUCAAGCACCCGACGGCUGCGGCAACGGCCGGCAGGCACUCUGUGACGUCACCAGCCGAAACGGCAGAUCGGUGGCGGAGGGCGGCGAUUUCGGCCGACUCAGACGUGGCGGCUGCCAUGCGGGAGGUGGAGAGGGUUAGCGGCGAGCUUCGGGACAAGCACCGGCGCGAGGAGGAAGAGAAGUCUUGGAGGAAGGCACAGGAGGAGCGACGGGUACGAGAGGAGGAGGCGCAGAGACUGGAGCGACAGGCCAAGGCUGCCGAGAGAGAGAUUCUCGAGAGAAGGCAGGCCGAGGCUAGGAUAUUGGCGAUGGAGCUACGCCGGAACGAGAUGGCCGAGCAAGUCAGGAACAAGGCGGCGCGCAAGCGGCUUCAAGAGCAGUUCAGAGCCCAACAAGCGGCACGAGACGCUGCAGGCAGGAAGAAGGAUUCGGGGGCUUCGAAGAAGCAUGCAGAGUCGCCGUCGAUGGCGGACAGGUGGACUCUGGAAGAAGGCCUGGUGCAGGUCGCCGACGGCGGCAACCACAACAGCGGCACCCUUACCCUGACUCACGGCAUCGCCGCCGCCGCUCCCGCCGCCGCGGCGGCGCCGUCGACAGUAGCGGGACCAAAAUCUCAAGGCGGCAAUAACAAAAGCGAACGAGACAGUGCUAAGGUGUCACAAGCAGAAGCCUCAGCUGCGGCUUCGACGGCAGUCGCAGCGGCAGCGGUCGUGCCACGCGACCCGGCCGACGACCGCUGGGGCAUGAACGACGGCGCCGCGGAUCUAGCGGAGCGCGGGGUCGAGCUCGAGGGUGGGGGCGCGGGGCUGUACCUGCCGCCGCCGCUGGAUUGGCCGCCUGAUGUGUCUCUCUUGCCCGGCGGGGCAAAGGGGGGACGGCGGGGCCGCAAACGGAAUCGCCAGGCCCGUGCGGAGAAAGAAGAGGCGGAGCAGUGGCUGGAGAUGGUUUCGAAGCGCGUUCGCAGCACGGUGGUGGGAGCGGCCCCCCCGGGAACCUGGGGGGCAGCGAACGAGGAAGACGGCAACGGUGACGCCGUUGCCAUGGAUGUUGUCGUGGAUGGUGGGAGUCUCAACGCUGUUGGUGCGGUUCGGGUGGGUGGCAGCGAAGGCGGCGCAAAUCGUGCACCAAGUGGGGCCGGUUCUGCAACUGGUGCUGUUGCCAAUGUUGGGGGCGGGGACGUGGAAGCGGAACUUCGACAACGAUUGCUGGCGGCGAUGAUCGGCAGGUCGAAAUCAAAAUCAAGAUCGAAGUUGAGCGGCAAGGAGAACCCGAGCGUUGUCCCUGCCGGUGCCACGGCCGUCACCGCUGCUUCUGCUGAGAAAUCACCAGGGUGA